CUUUUUCCAUGUGGAGGCUCUUUCAAUGGACGUGUCCCCGCGUGCUUCUUAGACGGUCUGCGGUCUCCUAAAGGUCGACCAUGGUGGCCGGGACCCGCUGUCUUCUAGCGUUGCUGCUUCCCCAGGUCCUCCUGGGCGUUGCGGCCGGCCUCAUUCCCGAGCUGGGCCGGAGGAAGUUCGCGGUGUCUGCUGGCCGGUCUUCGUCCCAGCCCUCGGACGACGUCCUGAGUGAGUUCGAGUUGCGGCUGCUUAGCAUGUUCGGCCUGAAGCAGAGACCCACCCCCAGCAGGGGUGCCGUGGUGCCCCCCUACAUGCUGGACCUGUACCGCCGGCACUCGGGCCAGCCUGGCGCGCCCGCCCCGGACCACCGGCUGGAGAGGGCAGCCAGCCUCGCCAACACCGUGCGCAGCUUCCACCACGAAGAAUCUUUGGAAGAAUUGCCAGAAAUGAGUGGAAAAACAACCCGUAGAUUCUUCUUUAAUUUAACUUCUAUCCCCACUGAGGAGUUUAUCACCUCAGCAGAACUUCAGGUCUUUCGGGAACAGAUGCAGGAAACUUUGGAAAACAAUAGCAGUUUCCAUCACCGAAUUAAUAUUUAUGAAAUUAUAAAACCUGCCACAGCCAACUCCAAGUUCCCCAUGACCAGACUUCUGGACACCAGGUUGGUGACUCAGAAUGCCAGCAGGUGGGAGAGCUUUGAUGUCACCCCUGCCGUGAUGAGGUGGACAGCACAGGGGCUCGCCAACCAUGGAUUUGUGGUGGAGGUGGCCCACCCAGAGGACAGCCACGGGGUCUCCAAGAGGCACGUGCGGAUUAGCAGGUCUUUGCACCAAGACGAGCACAGCUGGUCACAGAGAAGGCCCUUGCUGGUCACUUUUGGCCACGAUGGGAAAGGACACCCUCUCCACCAAAGAGAAAAGCGUCAGGCGAAACACAAACAGCGGAAACGCCUCAAGUCCAGUUGUAAGAGACACCCUUUGUACGUGGACUUCAGUGACGUGGGGUGGAAUGACUGGAUCGUCGCCCCCCCGGGGUAUCAUGCCUUUUACUGCCAUGGGGAGUGCCCUUUCCCCCUGGCCGAUCACCUGAACUCCACGAACCACGCCAUCGUCCAGACGCUGGUCAACUCAGUUAACUCUAAGAUUCCCAAGGCAUGCUGUGUCCCAACGGAACUCAGUGCCAUCUCCAUGCUGUACCUUGACGAGAAUGAAAAGGUGGUAUUAAAGAACUAUCAGGACAUGGUUGUCGAGGGUUGUGGGUGUCGUUAGCACAGCAAAAUAAAAUAAAAUAAAUAUAUAUAUAUAUAUAUAUUUUAGAAAAAAGCAAAAAAAACAAAAUCAAGUUGACACUUUAAUAUUUCCCAAUGAAGACUUUAUUUAUGUAAUGGA